AUGUCGGUUUUUGAAUCGGAGACUUCGAACUUCCACGUUUUCAACGCUGAACUCCAAACGCAAUUGCAAACGUAUGUGCAAGAAAUCGCAGCCGAGGAGAACAACGCACCAGUAGGCAGACAAAACUCCAUCUUGUCACUGACUCUUGACGAGAUUCAGAUGAAAAGCGGUAAGAGCUUUGGAGCAAUGAACAUGGACGAGUUCCUCGCAAACCUGUGGACGACCGUCGAGGAAAACGACAACGGAGGAUCCGGGGCCCACCACGACGGAGAGAAACCGAUCGUACUGCCACGUCAAGGGUCGUUGGCAGUCCCUGUACCGCUGUGCAAGAAAACUGUGGACGAGGUUUGGUUCGAGAUACAAAACGGCGUACAUCAACAACCGCCGUCGUCAGCUUCCCGUCAAAACUCCGAAGAAGAUAUUCGCCGGCAACAAACUCUCGGUGAGAUCACGCUAGAAGAUUUUCUUGUUAAGGCUGGAGUUGUUCAAGAACCGUUGAAGGCGACGAUGAGGAUGGCGAGUUCUGAUUUCGGUUAUAACCCCGAGUAUGGAGUCGGUUUGCAUUGUCAAAACCAAAACAAUUAUGCUGAUAACCGGUCGGUUUACAAUGAAAACAGAGCGUAUUACCCGGUUUUGGGGGAAUCCUCAAGCUGUAUGACCGGGAAUGGGAGGAGUAAUCAGUUUACCGGUUUAGAUGGUUUCCGGAUCAAGAAACGGGUAAUUGACGGUCCACCGGAAAUCUUGAUGGAGCGGAGACAGCGACGGAUGAUUAAAAACCGUGAAUCUGCGGCUCGGUCAAGAGCCCGGAGACAAGCGUAUACUGUGGAAUUGGAGUUAGAACUGAACCAACUCACGGAAGAAAACAUGAAGCUGAAGAAAAUUGUGGAGGAAAACGAGAAGAAAAGAAGGCAAGAGGUGAUGAAUCGCAGCACAGAAGUUGCUAAGGAGAAGAACGGAGACAAAUUAAGGAGGAUCCGUAGGAUGGCUAGUGCCGGGUGGUAG